AAACGGAGGGAGGGAAGCCAGUGCGACGGCAGCACCUACCCAGCUGACAUUUCAGACAGAUAAAGCUAAAUAACCAACAUUUUAAAAAAGAAAAAAGAAAAACACCUUCUUAUUGGCUAGCCACUCCAAACAAGCGCGACACACGACUUUUGCUUCACUUAAAGCGUUUUUAAUAGACUUUUCUUUCCUUCCCUGGCGACAUCUACAACUUCGGUUGGUGAGUUGAGUUAAAGAGCCGGACCGCUGCGCUCACACCCGGAGAAUGGCAGACUCGGCGGCGACUAACAGCGACGGGGAGGACGGGCCCCGUCAGCCCAUGCGGGGCUUCGCGCGGCAGGGAGCCCUCAGGCAGAAGAACGUGCACGAGGUGAAGGACCACAAAUUCAUCCCGCGCUUCUUCAAGCAGCCCACCUUCUGCAGCCACUGUACCGACUUCAUCUGGGGUUUUGGCAAGCAGGGAUUUCAGUGUCAAGUGUGUUGUUUUGUGGUUCACAAACGUUGCCAUGAGUUCGUCACUUUCUCCUGUCCAGGCGCUGAUAAAGGACCCGCCUCAGACGACCCGAGGGCAAAGCAUAAGUUUAAGAUCCACACCUACUCCAGCCCCACCUUCUGCGACCACUGUGGCUCUCUACUGUACGGCCUCAUACACCAGGGCAUGAGAUGUGACCACUGUAUGAUGAACAUCCACAAGCGCUGUGUGGCCAAUGUGCCGAGCCUGUGUGGGACAGACCACACUGAGAGGAGAGGUCGUAUCCAGAUCACUGCUGAUGUCAAGACCAACGUUCUCACCGUCACCAUCAAAGAGGCCAGGAAUCUGGUUCCUAUGGACCCCAACGGUCUGUCAGACCCCUACGUGAAGCUCAAACUGAUCCCAGAUCCCCGCAGCGAGAGCAAACAGAAGACCAAGACUAUAAAGUGCUGCCUCAACCCCACCUGGAAUGAAACCUUUAAAUUCCACCUGAAGGAGUACGAUAAGGACCGCCGUCUGUCAGUGGAGGUGUGGGACUGGGACUUGACCAGCCGCAAUGACUUCAUGGGAUCAUUGUCCUUCGGCAUCUCAGAGCUCCAGAAACAAGGAGUGGAUGGAUGGUUUAAGCUGCUCUCUCAGGAAGAAGGCGAGUACUUCAAUGUCCCUGUUGCUCCAGAGGGAGAGGAAGGCAACGAGGAGCUACGACAGAAAUUUGAGAGGGCUAAAAUCGCAGUGGGCAAGAACACAGAAGGAAAGUCUGCAAAUGCUGCCUCCCGGUUCGACUCCAAUGGCAACCAAGAUCGCAUAAGGCUGUCUGACUUUAACUUUCUGAUGGUACUUGGAAAGGGCAGCUUUGGUAAGGUGAUGCUGGCAGAACGUAAAGGGACAGAGGAGCUGUAUGCCAUAAAGGUUCUGAAAAAAGAUGUUGUGAUCCAGGAUGAUGACGUGGAGUGCACCAUGGUGGAGAAGAGAGUGUUAGCUUUGUCUGGAAAGCCUCCGUUCUUAACACAGCUGCACUCAACCUUUCAGACUAUGGACCGCUUGUAUUUUGUCAUGGAGUACAUAAAUGGUGGAGAUCUCAUGUAUCAGAUACAGCAGGUUGGCAAAUUCAAAGAGCCCCAUGCUGUAUUCUAUGCUGCUGAGAUAGCCAUUGGUCUUUUCUUCCUGCAUUCAAAGGGCAUCAUCUACAGGGACCUGAAGCUGGACAAUGUCAUGCUGGACUGUGAGGGUCACAUUAAGGUUGCAGACUUUGGCAUGUGUAAAGAAAAUAUGCUUGAUGGAGUCACCACCAAAACCUUCUGUGGAACACCAGACUACAUCGCUCCUGAGAUCAUAGCCUACCAACCUUAUGGGAAAUCUGUGGACUGGUGGGCCUUUGGAGUUUUGCUCUAUGAGAUGUUGGCUGGACAGCCCCCAUUUGAUGGGGAGGAUGAGGAUGAGUUGUUUCAGUCCAUCAUGGAGCAUCACGUCUCCUAUCCCAAGUCGAUGUCCAAAGAGGCUGUCGCUAUUUGUAAAGGACUGAUGACGAAGCAUCCAGCGAAACGACUGGGCUGUGGACCAGAGGGGGAGAGAGACAUCAGAGAUCACAGCUUCUUCCGCUACAUGGACUGGGAGAAACUGGAGAACAAGGAGGUGCAGCCUCCUUUCAAACCCAGAGCUAGAAACCGUCGGGACACUUGUAACUUUGACAAGGAGUUCACCAAGAUGCCGGUGGAUUUGACGCCAACGGACAAGCUCGUCAUCAUGAAUCUGGACCAGGACGAGUUCCUUGGCUUCUCCUACACCAACCCUGAAUAUGUGGCUCCUAAGAAUUAACACACCAUUGACUGGUACUGGGCUGUAGAGGUGGACUUGAGCAGGAUAGAAGGUUUCAGAGCAGACUUGGAUGCUAACUAUAGCACUAACAUUACAACUAUCAUGUGUGAGCUCAGUGAAUGUUUGCAUUCAUUUAAACCAGUUUUUUGGGUUGUUCAAUAGUUGAAGUAAUAAAAAAAACGGUACUACAAGACACAAAAUGCAGAAAACAUUAGAAGCCAAAUACACCAAAAGCAUGUUUGUGGAACAAAUGCAAGCGCAACAUGAUAGAUUUAUAGAGAAUAUUUGAUCACAUCAAAACUGAAGAACUACAUCUUAGUGUCAACUUUUAAAAUAUUAGUUUUAUACAAAAAUUGUAACAACAAUUGACUUUAGUUUCCUCCUAUAUUUAUGUCUCUUCCACAUUUUAAGUAUUCUGAAGGGAAAUAUUGUGAUUUUCAUUCCUAUUAUCCCACAAAAACUGCUCUGAAGGGAUAAAAGCAGCAUCUUCAACCAUAGGGCUGUACUUUUCUUUUAUGAAGUCGUCCCAUGUCCGUUUAAAUGGCCAAAUGAGACCAAGAAACUCAAAGCACAAUGUCUCAGACUAGCAAGUGUUUUUACAACAUAACUGGGGUGUCACAAUGUCACUGUAAAGUUUUAUAUAUUUUAAUGUCUUUGUAAAAAUGUAUAGGAAAAAAAUCUUGUGACUAUCUGAAGCAACAAACUGCAUCAUAUCCACAUUUAGUAGUGUUGAUAGUAUCUUGUGGAGCCGUUCUCUGUAAGAGCAGAGGCCUGGGUAUGCAGGCUUUUCCUGCAUCAGUGGUCAUCCAGACAUACACCAUAAACAGACCGACCUGCUGACACUUGUGUGUUACUGGUAUUGUUUUGUGUUCCCAUGAUCCUGUAACCUGUGCUGUGGAAUCAAUGACUUAGACCGAGUCACGAGAGAGGAAUAUGUCUAAUGAGCAAUCUUCACAGCCUAUCUUCCUUUUUUCUUUUCUUAAUUUUACAAUUGCCUUUGUCUUUCCUCUAACCUUAUCCCAAAGUUGCAUCUCUUUUUCCUUAUUCGGUCAUUAACUUUUGUUUUGACUCUGAUUCUAAUCCGUACACCUGACAAGUCCUCAGCGGGGCCCUGGUGUAACAUCGUGUCACAACGUUGGCAAUGCAGCAGUCAGUAGAGAAACUCACACACAUACAGUACACACAAACACAGGCAAUGAUGAGCAGCUCUGACAACCCCCAAAUGAGUAAUUUCACAAACAGCAAUAACAGCAGCAAUGCUGCUUUUCUCUUUUCUUUUUACCUCAUUUUCUCUAAUCCAUUCAAGGAUGUGUGCACUGAAGCUGCGUAAACACACGUGCAUGUACUGGAUUGCCAGUCGUGCAUGCUAGAAUUUAUUGCAUAAAUAAAUAUUUCAAUAUGUAUGUUUCAUGUGUGUAUGACACAUUAUUGACUGGAUAAAUCCAAUUAUUUCAAAUUAAGCUGGACUUCAGGAAACCUGACUUUCAGCUUCAGAUCAUAUUACAUUGACCAUAAGGCCAACUAACGCCGUAUACUUACACACAAACAUACACACAUGUUCACGAAGUUAUACAGUCCUGGUGUGUGACCGAGGGUUGAAAUUAUCAGGUGAAGCGUAACAAGGCAGACAAUGACUGAAAUGUUCACUCCUGGAGGCACACAAGACAUAUACUGUAGGUCCAUUGCACUGGCCUAGAGUUUUUUUCUGUCUUAAAUUAGCACAAAAAUACCCUCAUGUAUACCAUAAAGAGAACACGUCUGCAGUGUACAUGUUUGUACACACUCUGAACUCUUCCUAAGUCUUUCGCCUUUGGGUUUUUUUUACUCUGCACUUGUUUUGCUUAGAUGUUGUACAAUGUAAAAUAGGAAAAGUCAAAGUGAUGUAUUGACCUUUAUUGAGCAUAAAGCUGAAUAUUGCUCUGGUAAAGGCUGUAAAUAUGUCCUGCUGGAGCACUAAACAACUGCCUAUCUGUUUGUAUGACUGAAUUAAUGAAUGAGUGUUUAUGAGCAUGCAUGUAACUCAGAUAUGUUAAGCACUGGAUGAUUUAUUAAACUGUAGUUCUUUCUUCGAAUCUUAAACUAAAUUUAUCUUCUCUCUCUAAGACGGCCUCUUUGUCACCUGACUAUAGAGAAACGGCUUCAGAAAGCAAGCAGGAAGUGAAAACUGGUACAUGUGUACAGUUACCCAAUCAUCAGCCAGUACAUUGUUUUGUUUGGUGAUAAGAGUAACACUUCAGGAUUAUAAGCAAUUAUACUAUGCAUGCAUGUGAUAAUCUCUUUCUCUCAUAUCUUGUUCCAUAUGAUAUGGAUUUAUUCAAUAUUAAGUGUUGGACUAGGGUGUAAUUACUUUAUUAGCCAUUGAUAGACCUAACUUAUGUUGCUUUAUUAUGAUGUGUUACUUAUUUACUGAAUGUUAUUAAAGGGCCGUGUCCUGCUUUAUUUGUACAUAUAUUAAUUUCUUUGGAGUACAUAAGGGUAAGAGUCUUCCAUCUCCAUAGUUGCAUUUAUAUACUGAAACUGAUGUGUUUAGGGUUAGAAAAUUAUAUGUAUGAGUUGCAAUAGGUAACUAUCAAAAUACCUGUUUACUCAAGUUCACUCAAGUUCUGAGGCUGAACUGUCGGCCUAAAAGUGUCCUCAUCCUUUUUUCUCUUUCUUUUGGACCUUUUUUCUUUGAUCACACCUUUCAGUCUGCCAUUUUUAUUUAUUUAUUUGGUUCUGACCUUUCUCUCUCUUCCUUCCCUUUCCCUUCUCAGCUUUCUCUUUGUCUUUCAUCAUUUUCCUUGCUUUUGACCUUUAUCCCUCACUGCAGGCUUUUUUUUUUCUUGGUUCACCCUUUUCUAUGAUUCCAUCUCUUCUCUUCUCUUCUCUUCUCUUCUCUUCUCUUCUCUUCUCUUCUCUUCUCUUCUCUUCUCUUCUCUUCUCUUCCAUCUUGAAAUUUGGUUUGGCCAAUACUUCUACAUUUUGUAUUUCUCCCCUUUUCCUCUCCAUGUGUGACCUUGCCACGGCUUCCUGAUGCUGAACUUUCCAUCUUUUUAGCUUUCAUUAAUUUGACUGCUGUGCUCUGACUUUGAGUUGAGUUUACAUGCUAAACAUUUGAUAUUACCCGGGAAUCAUUUCCAGUGGACAAAGAACUUUAAAGACAUUGCAAGAAAAGAGUAAGAAUGUGUUUUGUGAGAGUUAACUAUGAUUAAAUAUAUAUUGUGAUGUUUUUAAUUGUAAAAUAAUAAAUCAUUGGUAAAUCA